AAAAUAAAGGGAAACAUGAACCAUGGAGCUGAGGUGAACUCUCAAAACUCGAGCAAGAACAAAGGGUAUAAGAUGUCGGCACUGCAGAAACUGGAGAAUCUAGCAGGGCGGAUCUUUUACUGGGGGCCACGGAGUGAUGCGGGGACACCUGGCUACGGAGAGACAGCCUAUGAAUCAGAGCACACAACUGCCUGGAAUGAGCAGAUGAAGGAGUUUCUUGCCAAAGCCAAAGAAGAUUUCCUCAAGAAAUGGGAGAACCCAUCACAGAACACAUCCAGCCUGGAUCAUUUCGACCGGCUCAAGACCCUAGGUACAGGCUCUUUUGGGCGAGUGAUGCUCGUGAAACACAAGGAUACUGGGAAUUACUUUGCCAUGAAAAUCCUUGACAAGCAGAAAGUUGUUAAGCUGAAGCAGAUUGAGCACACCCUCAAUGAAAAGCGCAUACUACAGGCUGUGACCUUCCCAUUCCUUGUCAGGCUAGAGUAUUCUUUCAAGGAUAACUCAAAUCUGUACAUGGUGAUGGAAUAUAUCCCAGGCGGUGAGAUGUUCUCCCACCUACGGCGGAUUGGCAGGUUCAGUGAACCUCAUGCCCGGUUCUAUGCCGCUCAGAUUGUGCUGACGUUUGAGUACCUGCACUCACUAGAUCUCAUCUACCGAGAUUUGAAGCCUGAGAACCUCCUCAUUGACCAACAGGGCUACAUUGAGGUGACAGAUUUUGGCUUUGCCAAACGAGUGAAAGGCCGAACAUGGACCCUUUGUGGAACUCCAGAAUAUCUGGCUCCUGAAAUCAUUCUGAGCAAGGGUUAUAACAAAGCUGUAGACUGGUGGGCCUUGGGUGUCCUCAUCUAUGAGAUGGCAGCUGGCUACCCUCCAUUUUUUGCAGACCAGCCCAUUCAGAUCUAUGAGAAAAUCGUCUCUGGGAAGGUUCGCUUCCCCUCUCACUUCAGCUCAGACCUGAAGGAUCUGUUGCGUAAUUUGCUCCAGGUAGACCUCACCAAACGCUUUGGCAACCUCAAAAAUGGAGUCAAUGACAUCAAGAAUCACAAAUGGUUUGCUACUACUGAUUGGAUUGCCAUCUACCAACGGAAGGUGGAAGCUCCCUUUAUACCAAAGUGCAAAGGCCCCGGCGACACAAGUAACUUUGAUGACUAUGAGGAAGAAGAGAUCCGGGUGUCCAUCACUGAGAAGUGCGCCAAGGAGUUUGCAGAAUUUUAGGGCCAGCCCCCUCCCCCUUGCUUUGUGUGCCCAGGGAAAGGAAGGGCUGUGUUUCAUCAGCCCCAAGGGCCAGAGUUCCUUGCCUAUGUGUUAAUUUUGGGAGGUGGGAGAGUGUUGGGGUUCACCUGGAUCUGUUUGGGCAGAAGAGAGAAAAAGGGGAUUUCAUUUUGAAGCCGUAGAAAAGGGCAGAAGUCUGAGGGCCACCUGUCCGCCUCCCUCCACAAGCUGCAAGGUGGUUCCCAGGCACUCUCAGGCAGGUUUUAAACAAAUUCCCUUCCUCCUCACACCAAUUCCAACCCAUACACAAACCCUGAUCAGACAGUCCCUGGAUUAUUGGUGGCUUUUCCCCUCCUAUUCUUUUCUUUUUUACUUUACUUCUCUCUUUCUUUCUUUUUUCUUUCUUUGAGGGGAAAGGGGAUAUUUUGCAAUUCAUCCUUGCCUGUAAGGUUUGGUUCAUGGGGCAUUGCAAAAAUUCAGGAGGGGGAGGGCAAGAAAUAAACACAUCCAGAUGGCACUUUGGUAUUCAGACCAGCACUGCAUGGGUUAAUGGCCCAGCCUUCUCCCCUCCCCCUGUAGGACAAGCCUGUCCUUUUAUCAAUAUUUUUCCCCAGUCUCCUUUUAUUAACUUUAAAGAAAGGUUUAAAGAAAUAGUUGACUGGCUUUAAAAAAGAAGGUUUUAACAGUCUUGGCGGGACAGUGUUUUCAUAUGCUCUGUUUCUAGUACACUUAAAUAAAAUUCUGCAGGAAUUUUAACUCUGUAAAAACAGCUGGGUUUUAGCAUAAAGAAUUUGUUUUGUGGGGGGGAUAGAAAAGACAAUUUAUUUCCAAUCUUAGUCCUCUAGUCUGUGGGAAGGAGGGAGGCCAUAGAAAUCAUACUUAUUAGGGGGGAGGGGGGAGUGACUGGUUGCUAGCUGGUGCAGGAGAACUAAGAGAAGGGACCCUGUCUGAUUUGUCUUUCUUACAUGUGUACACACCCUUCCCCCCAAUGCCUUUGAAGAUCAGCUCCACUGUUUCAGGCAGCCCUUGCAGCCACUGCCAGAGUGGAGGAGAAUCAAGCCAGUUCUAGUCCACACUGUGAAACAACAGAAUCUAACUAAUGGCUUGGAGAGACUGACUCCUCUUGGUAGCAACUGGAAUGAGCAAAAUGCACGAGCAGUUAAAAGUUAAUCACAUAUGGCCUUUUCCAGCCAAUUUUGAACCUCGGUCUCUUGUGUUCUUGAUAGUAGGAUCUUUCCAGUCUUCUGAUGGAAACUCCCAUUACUCUAGUCCUCCAGGGCUACAUCCACUUGCUGUGUGUUUGUGCUAUGGUGGCAGAGGGUAUGGAUGGAUGACCUCGUCCUGCUGUGAAGGGGCAUAGGUUUAAAAACUUAAGUUGCUGGGACGAUCCAUCCACUCGGGCAAGCUGAUAACAGUGUUGACCAGGGAGAUAACCGUUUUGAUCUGCAGUUCUGACUGAGAAUGAGAGGUGGCAUCCAUUGUAGAGCCUUUUCUCAGAGAGAUCUGGGUGCUGCAGGAGCUGUGACUUAGGGUGUAGAGGGAGGGCACCUUGUGUUUCUCCCUAAAUUUGUUCUAACUUCCCCUCUCCUUUCCAAUGCAAUGCCUCUUUGUGUUCUGUCUCCACCUGUCCCACUCCAAACACAGUCUUUCUAUACUCGCCACCAGUUUAGUUUCUUCUGUUCUCUUUCCGUGGCUGAGGAGCAGAGCAGGCUUCUCUUAGAUUGGUAGAUGAAUUAUAUAACUUGUGCAGAAGCGCUGUCAGGAGCAGACAAGCUUUGCUUGCCUCUCCAACUCCUCGUCCUCCUUUUCCCACCAAGAAGCUCAUCAGCCCCCUUUGUGUUGGGUUGGGGAGAAGGGGAGCUCAAUACCCACCCACUCCCUGCCUCGGAAAAGAAAACACACUUCUAUGUAAUCCAACAAAACUUGUUUCACGGAGGAAAACAACAGCAACAACAAACCCUACUUCCUCUUUAACAGUGUGCUUUGUUGUAAACAUAUUUGAAACUAUUAUCAAUAAAGUUUUGUUUAAAAAAUUU